UCUCGUGGUGUUAAGACGUGUGACUGUGAGGCUCCGCGAGGUGUUCUUCUCCCGCUGGACCUCCGGAGUGUCCCUGUGUGUGUACGACCCCCGAGUGGCUGUGGGUCGUGGUCACGGUGUGUUGUCACGACCUAAGUGGCAGACAUCCCACAGUUGCCACUAAGUAAAUAUUAAGGUGACAUUUCAACAUUUCUCAGCCUCACAUUAACGAGUCAAAUGUGGGAAACAUUUGUUGUGUCUGGCGAGAUUAUUGUUCAAGUCUUGGUGAAGUGUUAAGUUGUCGUCCAAGUUGUGGACAAUAACAACUUAAGUGAGGACUAAAGUGAGACACAAACUGAGAGACAUUGUUCCUCACUCUGUUCAUAUCAUCACCACUGUGAACAAUAACAGACAGUGAUGACGUCAUUCUGAACCACAAGAUGAACAUUAUGAAAUAUUGACCCAGUGACAACCACACCCCCUCCAUCCCACCACCUCACCUGUACACACCUGAGACUCUAACAGCCAGGUGAACGUCUCCUCUCUCUCCUCCACCUCACCUGUACACACCUGACCCUCCAACAGCCAGGUGAACGUCUCCUCCCUCCCUCCCUCUCCUCCACCUCACCUGUACACACCUGACCCUCCAACAGCCAGGUGAACGUCUCCUCUCUCUCCUCCACCUCACCUGUACACACCUGACCCUCCAACAGCCAGGUGAACGUCUCCUCCCUCCCUCUUUCUCCUCCACCUCACCUGUACACACCUGACCCUCCCACAGCCAGGUGAACCUCUCCUCCCUCCCACUCCUCCACCUCACCUGCCGUGCCAGCGACCAGUCAUAACUUCACAGGAGGGCAACAAGGCGUGUGUGUGUGUGAGAUGGAGUGGGCGCGGUAGGCGUGGUGUGUGGGCGGGCGGGGGGUGCUCGGGUUGCCCCCCAGCGGGACCUGGGAUGCGACUCGGUAAAAGUUACUGUUUGAACGGAGAGGUGCAGCAGGACCCGGCCUCUCCACCUGCCUACGAGGGCGCCGACACCACCACCUACUGCGCCGCCCUUCAGCACAGCGUCAGCACCACGUCCUCCAGGCCAGCUUACGGGCGUGGGGUGCCCUCGUGGAGCGACGGGCGUGGCCGUGGCUCGGGCACCACACCUAAUGUGGCCGGAGGAUGGUGUGGGGAAGCGGCGGAGACGGGGCUCGGGCCUCUAGACCCCCUCCUGCCGCCCCUCCCCCCGGAGCUGGAGGAGCACCUGCGCACCUGCCGCUGCUCCUGUGACCACAUGGGCUACGGCAACUACCAGGAGGGCGCCUCCCCUCACCACGCCUCGACGCUGCCUCUCCCCAACGGGCCAGUCAACAAAAGAACUCCUGACAGCGGAAUAUUCGGCACGGCUUCCCGGGUGUCUACUGACGGAGGCAACAUCGCCAAGAGCCUUGGUGGGAGUCUCAAGCGAGUGUGUAGCCUUAGGGGAAAGUCAAGAGCAGGAGGAGUAGAAGAAGGAGGCGAAGAAGAAAGUACCGCAGGGGACGCAACAGGAGGAGGUAGUGGGAGAGGUAGAGAAGGUCGAGGAAGCUUCAGAGACACGACAACGUCCACCAGCUACCGGCGAGGAGGGGCGGCGGCGGUAGUGACCACGACGGGGCCUCCACCUCGCUACCAGAUCUCAGAGUACACCUUCGAGAGAGAACAACCUGACUCACCCUUUUCUGACGAGAAGGACAACGAAGACAAGAAGAAAGGCUGGGAGAGGUACACGUGGCGCCACUGGUGUGUGUUGGCGGCACUGCUGCUGCUCAGUGGGGGGGUAGUGCUGGCCGUGGCUCUCCCCCUCGCUGCCAGGAGUGACUCUCUCCCUCACCCUCACAACGCCCUCGCCCGUGUCCACCGCAUCCUCAGUACCGUCCCCCUCAUUGAUGGACACAACGACCUGGCCUGGAACAUCCGUAACUUCGUGCACAACAAGUUGGAGAAGGUGGACAUGUCCCAGAACCUGAGUAGGGUGGAGCCUUGGGGCAGCUCCCCCUGGUCCCACACCGACCUGGCCAGACUGAGGCAAGGCAGAGUCGGGGCGCAGUUCUGGGCGGCGUAUGUCCCGUGUAAGGCGCAGUAUCUCAACGCGGCGCAGGUGACGUUGGAACAGAUUGACGUCAUCAAGCGCAUGAUAGCUCGUUACCCACAACACCUGGGAUACGCUCAGUCCUACGCCAGUUUGAUGGAGGUGUACAACUCAGGACGCAUCGCCAGUCUGCUGGGGGUUGAGGGUGGCCACCUGAUGGGCGCCAGUCUGUCUGUCCUCAGGAUGUACUACGACCUGGGCAUCCGUUACCUCACCCUCACCCACACCUGCAACACCCCAUGGGCAGACUCCUCACUCGCUGACUCCCCCAACAACGACGACGAGAACUUCGGCCUCAACGACUUCGGCUCCAAAGUGGUGUUGGAGAUGAACCGACUGGGGAUGCUGGUAGAUCUGUCCCACGUCUCACAGCAGACCAUGAGGGACGCUCUGGCUGUGAGUCGCGCCCCUGUCAUCUUCUCUCACUCCUCAGCUCAAGCUCUCUGUCACCACUCCCGCAACGUGCCCGACGAUAUCCUUAAACAAGUGCACUUAAAUGGUGGGAUCGUGAUGGUCAGCUUCUACAACUACUUCCUCACCUGCAACGACUCCGCCAGUGUCCACGACGUCGUCCGUCACAUUAACCACAUCAGGGAGGUGGCGGGGUUGGACCACGUCGGUGUUGGAGGCGACUUUGACGGCAUCAACAAGACGCCACAGGGUCUGGAGGACGUCAGUAAGUAUCCUUUACUCCUGGCUGAGGUGCUAAAGGACCCCCGCUGGUCUGAGGACGACGUCGCCAAGCUCGCCGGCGGCAACUUCCUGAGGGUGCUGCAGCGAGCCGAGGAGGUGAGAGAGGAGCUGAGGUCUACGCCGCCCUACGAGGACCACAUACACCCCGACCAUCUGGCUGGGCGUCGCUCCUGCUGGUAUACGUGACGUAGCCUCCCCUUUAGGUACCCCUCCGCUCUCCUCCUCCUCUCCUUCCUCCUCCUCCUCCCUCACCUACUACACUUCUCUUGGAGGCAGAAGAGAGAAAUCCAGGUAGAUGAUGAUGAUGGUGUUGUAGGUGAUUUACUAGUAGAAGCGUAGUAGUGGUAGUUGUAAUGUAAGAGUAGUAGUAGUAGUAGUAGUAGUAGUAGUAGUAGUAGUAAUAGUAGUAGUUGUAGUAGCUUUAGUCAUAUUAGUAGUAUAGCUAAUAACAGUAGUUGUUGUUGUUGUAUAAUUUUAGUAGCAGAAGUUGCAGUAAAAUGAGUAGUAAUAUAUAAAUAAUAGUAGUGGUAGUAUUUGUAGACCUGUAGUACUAGAUAAUAGUAACAAUAGUAGUAGUAGACACUACUAACAGUAGGCGAAGUUAGUAGACAGUAGUAAUAGUAAUAACUGGAAAGAACAAUAAAAGAAGAAAGAUGAGAAACAAUAGAAGUGAAGAAUCAAGAGAAAAUGAAGAAAGUAAAGAAACAUUCCAGCAGCUGUGGAAGUGUUGCAGGAGACUUACACACAGACGAGCCAAGCUGGAGAGAGUGACACAAGGUUAUGAGGCAGUCGUCGCCAGGCUGUUUGGAGUUAUUCUCGAACUGAUAUUGACACUUUUGACGUCAUUCCAGCACUGAGGAAAGUCAGGUCUCUCUGGAACUGAGAUUCACGUGUCUGGAAAUAAUAGCGUUUGUGAUAUCACGCUGGAAAUGACGUGUUUGUGUGUGAUUGUUUUCUGGACCGGGAGAUUCUGUCUGGUGUUAUUCUUCAAGGCGGAAUCCUGUGAAAGCAUUCUAGAACUGCAGAUAUUGUGUGUGUGUUAUUUGGUGCUGAUUAUUGUUGAAGAUGUUGGAUGGUAUUCUAGAGUCGGAAAUGUCACCCAGAAAAAAGAUAUUGUGAGAAAUAUUUGACAAAGACAACAAGGUCAUCCAACACUUCAGAACACUAAGUUGUUUACAAAUAUCAUGAGAUUAAAACAUCAUACAUUGCAAAUAAAAGUUCCAGAACAACAAAAAAUAACAAUAACAACACUUUUAUUUAAAAUAAUAUACAAACUAUGGAUAAAUAAACUUAUAAACACUCAAAUAUUAAUAAGCAAGAAAUGAAGAUGGAGGAGAGAGGGAAACUAACUCCUCUGACUGCUAUACACGAUGUCCUCAGUCCAAUUGCUCUUAGAUCAUCACACACCAAAGUCCUUAGUCCAGUUCCUUCGCCACGCAAGUCCUGAAUCCAAGUCCUCAGUCUAGUUCCUUUGCCAAAUCAAGUCCCCAGUCCAAUUCUUCCGUCAAAUCAAGUCCUCAGUCCAGCUCCUCUGUCACGCCCAUCUCCAACAUGUAAACAUUACAGUGCCUUACCUCUCCUGAAAUAUCAAUUACAUCAUUAAGUAAUAAUUAUCACCAAAUCAACAUUAGUUUAUAUAUAUAUCCGUGUUUUGUUUUUGAUAAAUGAAACACCAUUACUGGCUUAUUCUUGGCAAUCAACAUUAAAAAAAUACACAUACACA